AUGUCUGUAAUUAAAAAAUUAAAGCUUCAAGGUAUUCGCUCAUUUAGCCCGGACGCUUCCCAAGUUAUCGAGUUUCAAACACCACUCACUAUACUAGUCGGUCAUAAUGGUGCCGGGAAGACGACUAUAAUUGAGGCAUUGAGGUACGCUACGACUGGAAGUGUUCCGCCAAAAUCUCAAGGCGGUGGAUUCAUCUAUGAUCCAAAGUUAAAACACGAAACAACUGUGCUAGCUCAAGUUCAAUUCAGCUUUGAUGCUGUUGGAGGAGACGAAGUUAUUAUUUCACGUUCUCUACAAGGAAAACUAUCAGCUCAAAAAUGCUCGGUCAGCACUAUUGAAAGUUUCCUGCAAAUCACGAGUGCUAAAACUGGCAAUACUUCAAGUAUAACGGGUAAAUGUGCGGACAUGGAUGCUGAACUUCCUAUACAAUUGGGUGUCUCAAAAUCGAUUAUUGAUCACGUGGUCUUUUGCCAUCAAGAAGAAACUUUUUGGCCUUUUGCCGAACCAAGCGUUGUUAAAAAAUCAUUCGACGAUAUAUUCGCGGUGACGCGAUAUACCAAAGCUCUUUCUAAUAUAAAAGAUUUGAGAAAGAACCGAGCAAUCGAACUAAUUCUUGAAAACGAAAGGCUUGGUCGUUGUCUUGAUAACAAGAAUAGAGCGGAAACGAUUGAAAUUCAAAUUGAAGCAGCACAACGAGAAGCAAUUGAUCAUACCGAAAAAAUUGAUGAUUUUGAUAAUGAAGCUGGCAAUUUAGCCGGUCAAAUUGAUGGAUUAAUGGAAACAAUCAAAAAAAUCACUAUGCUUGAAUCGCGUCUCAACGAGAAAAAAAGCGAGAAAUCUUUUCUAGAGACUAGUAGAAACAGCCUGGCUGCUAAUUUCACCGAGCUUCAUGAAUCGGACACAGAUUUACAAAGGUUGCAUGAUGAAUAUAUGAAUAGAGUAGAUGCUAACGAUUCCAAUAAACGAGAAAUAUUAGUUUCAAAAGAUCAAGCAUCAAAUGAGUUGGAAUGUCUAAGAACAGCUUUAAACAAUAUUCUCACAAGACAAGGAAAUCUCCAAGCUCAAUAUGAUGCUUAUUUUAAAAGAAUGCAAGAGCGAGAACGUUUGAUUAAGAAUAUAUGUCAGAAACAUAAUAUUGAAAGAUUCUCCGAUACCACCACAUUUUCAAAUAAGGAUAUUGAAACUUUCACGGGCAUCCUUACGAAUUUAACCAACCAGCAAAAUAAUCUCUUGACAUCUAUGAAAGAGUCAUGUCGACAAAAAGUGCAAAAGGUAGAACUUGAUAUGAGGUCAAUGAAAGCGUCUCAAUCUGAUGUCAUGACCAUCGAACGACAAAUUAAAGAAUUGGAAGAAUCCCUCGAAAAAACAAAGAAUGCUUACGCGAAUGAUGAUGAUGUUAAAUUAAGUCAAUUGGCUAGCGAUUUAAGACAAGAUCAACUUAAAGCGUCUGACUUGGACGCUGAAAUUAGUAAUCUUACUCUUGAGGGAUCGACUCGGGCAAAGCUAGAGCUAAAGAAAAAUGAAAAAUCCAACAAAGAAUCAGCACUUCAAUCAAAAGUGCAAACGCAUCAAGCCGAUUUCGAAAAAUAUAUAAACAGAGAUUUUCGAUUAGACUCUAUUGAGACUGAUAUGGAUGUCAUAUUGCGCGAUAAGCAAGCAGAAGCUCAAAAGGCAUAUCAGCACUAUCAAAAUAUCACGAGCAAUUUAUCUUCCAUCGAAGUCCAAUUAAGAAACGCAGAGAAAAAAACUGAUCAGAAACGUCGACAAUACGAAACCCAAAUUAGUGAAAUUAACAAAGUGUGCAAUGGAGCAAAUUUACCAGAUCUAUUAGCAGAAUAUGAAAACGAGUUGGAUGAGCUACGCGAUUCAUUGGCUGAGACAAAAAGUGCUUCGUCUAUAUUUAAAAACUUCUUAGCGCAAGCGAAAAAAAGUCAUUCGUGUCCUGUAUGCAAACGGGGAUACACUGUCGAAGAUGAAUACGAGCAAUAUCUACGAAAGUUGGAACAUCUUUCGACGGCUAAAGCUCCGGCCAAAAUUUCCGAAUUUGAAAAUGAAAUCAAGGACCUUGAAUUUAAAAUUCAAAAAAUGCGCAAGCUAAAAUCAAAUUGGGAUGAUUUGAAUCGCUUAAAAACAGUUGAUAUACCAGAAUUGGAAAGUGAAAUUCAGGAAUUACAGAAUAACAAAAACAUAAAAGCAUCAAAGAGUGAAGAUGCUUCAAAUGAAGCUUCCGCUCUUGAAAAUGAAAAACAACGUAUCCAAGAGUUAUAUAUAAUUUCUGGUGAAAUUACUCGCUUGGCUAAAGAAAUCAAAUCAUUGAAUAAUGACAUCCAGGAUUUGGAGUUACAGUUAAGUUAUACCGGUUCUAUUAAGACUCUCGAGGAAUUGACUAGCGAACGUGAUGAUUUACGAGAUAAAAUAAACAAAAUCAACCGCGAUAUUCAGCAGUUGAGUACGCGUAAAGAUAUAAAACAACGGGAAAUUCGAAAUCGCGAGGACCGAUUACAUCAGUCACGUCGUGAAUUGCUAGAAGUACAACAUCAAUUGCAGCAGCGCAUAGCUUUAGAAAAAUCUAAAGAAGAAAUUAUGGCAGAGAUCAGACAACAAGAGCAUCUAAUUGCGGAAGCGGAUGCUCAAAUCAGUGCUACUCGUCCUUCAAUUACUCUUGCCAAAAACAAGUUGGAAGAAAAACACCAACUCAAUUUUGAACGUGAAAGUUCUAUGUUGAGAGAUCUUCAAGAAUUGAAGAAUUCAUUAAGUCAAUUCAAUGACCUUAAUCAAGAGAUUGAGCAAUAUACAAAGCAAGGAAAUGCUGACUUAUUAAGUCAAUCUAACGCGGAGAUUCAACGCUUGGAGUCAGAAAUAUCAACAAAAACCAAGGAGUUAGAAAAAUUGCAACAACAACUGCAACGCUUUGACAAAUUAGCUUCAGAAGUGGAAAAUACUAAAAGAAACAUAAAUGAUAAUAUCCGUUAUCGACAAAUACAAAAGAAUAUCGACGAAAUUGCUCAUGAAAUCGAUCAUUUGCAAGGAGAAAUUGGUCAGCAAACCGACGCUCGUUAUAGUCAACAAUUAUCCGAACUGCAGAAGAAGCACGAGAAAUUUACGAUGCAGAGAGCGACUCUAAUCGGAGAAUUAAGUCAAAUCCAAGAGCAAAUUCGAAAGCAAGAACUAGAACUUAAGCAAAAUUAUAAAAAUGCCAAAGAAGAAUAUCACAAACAAUUUAUAAAUGUAACGGUUGAAAAAAUGGGCAUUAAUGAUCUCGACACCUAUGCUAAAACGCUUGACAAUGCGAUUAUGAAAUUCCACGCAAAGAAAAUGGUUGAAAUUAACAAAAUUAUUGAUGAACUUUGGCGAAAUACGUAUCAAGGAAGUGAUAUUGAUCGUAUUGAGAUUCGUUCCGAAGAUGAUGGUAGUACACGUAAAGGAUCGUAUAAUUAUCGGGUGGUAAUGGUUAAGGGUUCUGUUGUACUUGACAUGAGAGGCAGAUGUAGUGCUGGACAAAAAGUGUUAGCUUCAAUAAUCAUCCGUUUGGCGUUAGCGGAAGCUUUUUGUGUAAAUUGCGGCGUUAUCGCUCUUGAUGAACCCACAACUAAUCUUGAUUUGGAUAACAUUCGAAGUCUUGCACUAAGUCUGGCCAGAAUAAUAAGAGAACGUCGAGCUCAAAAGAAUUUCCAGCUUAUUGUCAUUACGCAUGAUGAAGAGUUUGUACGGCUUAUUGGUCAAACUGAAUUCUGCGAUAAAUUUUAUCGGGUGUCCAAAGAUCCAGAGUAA